CAUUUUCUUCCAUCAGAUAUAUAACAACUCAGAUUCAUAUCUGCAAGUAAAAGAUAAUGUAGACUUCAUUUCAUUACCAACGAGUUUGUCAAAACAUCUGGAAACCGAAGAUCAGUCUGCCCUCUCAAGGAUUACGUUUUUCUCUAUGCAGGAUGAUAAGCUAUAUAGGGUAACACAAAAUUCCAGUACCAAAGCAAAUACUAUGAUUAACAGUAAUAUUAUUGCUGCUAAUAUUCCUAACAUUAAAGUAACCAACCUCGAUGAACCAGUUAACAUAUCAUUCAAUUUAAUAGAUCAGAAUGCCACCAACCCACAGUGUGUUUAUUGGGAUGAAUCUCCUGGACAGAUUCCCAAAUGGUCACCCAAAGGCUGUAAUGUAUCCAAGUAUGAACCUGGACAGAAAGCACUUGUUCCUGUGACCAUCUGACAAGUUUUGCCCUA